GCAGUCGGAGGUUGGGUUCCACUCACAGCUCCACUCCUGCUUUGCGGAACUGUCUGAAGAUCUGUGAGCCCCAGGGCUGUUAUAUCUUUGAGAAAGCUGGUACUGCGCCUGGCAGAGGGCUCUGGUGGAGUGUCCGAGAUGAGUGCCCUGCCCGUGGACCCGCAGGAGAGUGCAGGGCCUGCCGGAAGCACCUGGCCGACAGAGAUCAUCCAGCUGGGGCCUGGGGAGUCCGCCCGGGAGGUGGUCUGCAAGAAGAUCCGGGAGCUCUCCGAUUCGCACCACAGGGACCCCUUCAUGGUGGCCGACCUGGGUGUGCUGGCCGGCCGCCAUCAGACCUUCUGCCAGGCCCUGCCGAGGGUCUUGCCCUUCUACGCCAUGAAGUGCAACAGCAGCCCCUGGGUGCUGCGCGUCCUGGCUGCCCUGGGCACCGGCUUCGACUGUGCCAGCCAGGUGGAGCUGGAGCAGGUUCUGGGCCUGGGUGUGGCCCCCUCACGCAUCAUCUACGCCAACCCCUGCAAGUCCAUCUCCAGCCUCCAGUAUGCUGCCUGCCACGGGGUGCAGCUCCUGACCUUCGACAGUGAGGAGGAGCUGGCCAAGGUGGCCCAGCACCACCCCGGGGCCAGGCUGGUCCUCCGGCUCUGGACUGAGGACAGCAGCAGCAUCUUCCCUCUGAGCACCAAGUUUGGGGCCAGGCUGGACAUGUGUGAACAUUUGCUCAAGGUGGCCCGAGACCUGGGGUUGGCUGUGGUCGGAGCCAGCUUCCACGUGGGCUCAAGCUGCCAGAACGCCCUUGUCUUCGAAAAGGCCAUUGCCGACUGCCGGCGCAUCUUCGAGAUGGGCCGUGGGGUCGGGCACGAAAUGAACCUCUUGGAUAUUGGAGGGGGGUUCCCAGGAGCAGAGGGCUUGGAGCCUGUGUUUGAGGAGAUGGCGGGAGUGAUCCGUGCCGCCCUGGCCCGGGACUUCCCCGAGGGGACCGGCGUUGAGGUCAUCGCGGAGCCCGGCCGCUUCUACGCAGCGUCUGUGUGCACGGCAGCAGUCAACAUCGUCGGCAAGAAGGCCGUGCUGGAGGCCGGAGGCCGCCGGAAACUGUUGUAUUAUCUCAACGAUGGCCACUACGGCAUCUUCCGAGCCUGCAUCAGGGAGCCGGUCCCCAGGACACCAAUAGUGGUGAAGGAGCUCGGCUCGAAGCCGCCCCUCUUCCCCUGCAUCCUCUAUGGCCCCACGUGCGAUGCCUUUGACAAGCUCUCCAAGCAGGAGGUGCAGCUGCCCGAACUGGAUGUGGGCGACUGGCUCAUCUUCCCCUCCAUGGGCGCCUACACUUGGGUCAUGAGCUCUACCUUCAAUGGCUUCCUGCCCGCCUCCAUCUGCUACGCCAUGGGACCCGAGUUCAGGAGCCUGCUGGAGACAGCACCUUAAACUGGGACGUGGCGGAACAGACCUGCUCCAGGUGCACCCGUG